AGUCCGCUGGGAGGGGGUAUGGGGGAGCUACCCAGAGCCCGGGGAAGGGAGCCAGUGCAGUAGGUGACUAGAGCCGCGGUGGCGGCGGCAGGAGCAGCGGUGGCGGCGCUCUCAGCCACGGCAGCCGAGGCUCCAGCCUCGGCCAGGGCGGCGCAACAGACAAUAACCGGGCUGGAAACCGGACCGGGGCAGUUUCUGCCUCCAUGACAAGAAGUUACCAUUCCCCACCAGACCUGAUUAAUGGAUUUCUGGGAAGGAUAAAUGAUGCAUGAGAUAUUGGGGAGCUUUUUAUAAAUGGACCCAAUAAUGAUGCUUCCUGACUGAUGAUGUUAUAACAGUACCUGGAAGCCAGAAGGCUGCAUUUUCGGCUGAACAUAACUGAGUUGUCCCCAUCGCCAUGGAGACCCGAAAGGAUGAAGUUGCUCAGGCUAAGGGAUAUGCAGCCUCUGUGGACACCCAGGACCAAGGGACAGAGAAAGGAGCCAAGAACAAAGAAGCUGAGACAAUGGAAGGGCCAGAAUUAGAGCCACCCUCAUCUGGCCCAAGUAGGCUGAAGAAAACUGCGAUGAAAUUAUUUGGUGGCAAGAAAGGCAUCUGUACUCUGCCCAGUUUCUUUGGAGGGGGACGGAGUAAAGGUUCUGGGAAAGGCAGCUCCAAGAAGGGCCUUAGCAAGAGCAAGACCCAUGAUGGCCUGAGUGAAGCAGCCCAUAGCCAUGAAGACAUUGUCAGUGAAGGACCUAGCUUCUCUCUACCUUUGCCUGAGUCACCCUGCCAACUGCCCAAUUCCCAGAGUGCCCACGGGGCUUUGGAGACAGGCUUCAGUAGCAAGGCGUCUGUGGCUAUAGCCACAGAGAAAGCUGGGACUGAGAAGGCACUUUCUGUGCCCAAGCCAAAAAAAGGCCUGAAGGGUUUUUUCAGCAGUAUCCGCCGUUACCGAAAGGUUAAAAUCUCUGGGGCUGAACAAAGUAAGCCAGGGGCCAAGGGGCCCAAAGGGGCGAGAGCCAGGCCUCACGAGCAUGCAAACUCAGCCCUUCUGUCCCAUGCUGAGGAAACCCUCCAAGCCCCAAGAAAAGAAAAGGCCAAGGCCCAAGAUGCCUCUAGACCUAAAGUUUCUUCAGCACCACAGUCUUCUCCAGCCGCCACAAAGAAGACAGCCUAUAAAGAUCCAGAAAAACCCAUGGAGGUCUGUGCCUCAGCACUCCUGCAACUCAAGCCUGUCCCUGAAGCCAGUGGCCUAGAGGAGCCCCACAGCCCAGAAACAGGAGAGAAGGUGGUGGUAGGAGAGGUAAAUCCACCCAAUGGCCCCGUGGUAGACCAGCUGAGCCUCCUGUUUGGGGACGUAACAUCUCUGAAAAGUUUUGACUCACUGACAGGUUGUGGUGACAUCAUAGCAGAGCAAGAUAUGGACAGUAUGACAGACAGCAUGGCCUCCGGAGGCCAGAGGGCCAAUCGAGAUGGGACCAAGCGAAGUUCCUGCCUGGUGACCUAUCAAGGAGGUGGGGAGGAGAUGGCCUUGCCAGAUGAUGAUGAUGAGGAAGAAGAGGAAGAAGAGGAGGUAGAACUAGAGGAGGAAGGAGAAGAAGUCAAGGCAGAAGAAGAUGAUGACUUAGAAUAUCUAUGGGCAAGUGCUCAGAUGUACCCAAGACCCAAUCUGAAUCUGGGCUACCAUACCACCACAUCCCCAGGCCACCACAGCUACAUGCUUUUUGACCCAGUUCAGUCUUAUCCUGGCCUAGCUCCUGGGGACCUUUUGACUCCUCAGAGUGACCAGCAAGAGUCUGCCCCUAAUAGUGAUGAGGGUUAUUAUGACUCUACUACACCUGGAUUUGAGGAUGAUUCAGGUGAGGCCUUGGGGCUUAUCCACAGGGAUUGUCUGCCCCGAGACAGCUAUAGUGGAGAUGCCCUUUAUGAAUUCUAUGAGCCAGAUGACAGUCUUGAGAACUCCCCACCUGGAGAUGACUGCCUUUAUGACCUCCAUGGUCGCAGCUCUGAGAUAUUUGACCCCUUCUUGAACUUUGAGCCCUUUUCUUCCUCUCGGCCACCUGGAGCGAUGGAGACAGAAGAAGAACGGCUAGUGACCAUUCAGAAGCAGUUGUUAUAUUGGGAGCUUCGGCGAGAGCAGCUUGAGGCCCAAGAGGCCAGGGAGGCACGUGCCCGAGAAACUCACACCCAGGAAGCUCAUGUCAGAGAGGCUCGAGCCCAAGAGUCCUGUGUCAGGGAGGGCUGUGCCCAAGAAGCCCGUGCUCGAGAGGCCCAAGUCCGAGAGGUCCAGGGACAUCAAGAAAAGCCUAUCAUGGAGUAUCAGAUGAGGCCCUUAGGGCCAUCAGUAAUGGGCCUGGUGGCAGGGGCAUCAGGGGCUUCUCAGACUUCCCACCGAGGAACCACCUCAGCUUUCCCUGCCACUUCAAACAGUGAGCCAGACUGGAGGGACUUCCGUCCUCUGGAGAAGCGUUUCGAGGGAACCUGCUCUAAGAAGGAUCAAAGUACCUGCCUGAUGCAGCUAUUCCAGAGUGAUGCUAUGUUUGAGCCAGACAUGCAAGAAGCAAACUUUGGAGGAUCUCCCAGGAGGGCCUACCCUACUUAUUCACCCCCUGAAGAGCCAGAGGAAGAGGAAGUUGAGAAGGAAGGGAAUGUCACCGUGAGUUUCUCGCAAGCCCUCGUUGAGUUCACCAGCAAUGGGAACCUCUUCUCCAGUAUGUCCUGCAGUACUGACUCUGACUCAUCCUUCACUCAAAACCUCCCUGAGCUUCCCCCGAUGGUGACCUUUGACAUCGCUGAUGUGGAACGGGAUGGAGAAGGCAAAUGUGAAGAGAAUCCUGAAUUCCACAAUGAUGAGGACCUUGCAGCCUCCUUGGAAGCUUUUGAGCUGGGCUACUAUCAGAAACAUGCCUACAACAACUACCGCAGCCGAUUCUACCAAGGCCUGCCCUGGGGUGUGAGCAGUCUCCCUCGAUACUUAGGACUGCCUGGCAUGCACCAUCGACCUCCACCUGCUGCCAUGGCCCUCAACAGAAGGAGCCGCUCCCUUGACACUGCAGAGACCCUGGAGCUGGAACUCUCUAAUUCUCACUUGGCCCAGGGCUACAUGGAGUCUGAUGAGCUUCAGGUUCGGCAGGAAGAUUCAGAUGAAGAAGAGGAGGAAGAAUGGGGCCGAGAUAGUCCCUUGUCCCUCUAUACUGAACCUCCGGGGGCCUAUGACUGGCCUGCCUGGGCUCCCUGUCCUCUCCCAGUGGGGCCAGGCCCUGCCUGGAUAAAUACCAGGCAGUUGGAUGGUCCUUCAAGCCAGUCUCCAUAUGGGCAGGCAGCCUGUUGUAUAGCUCCUGUGGCUAUGUCAGUGUUGCUAUCAGUACCAGGGCCAGAGCCAAGGGCACACAGGGAAUCUGAGCCUCAACUAGCUCGGCCUUCACACUUACCACUGCCCAUGGGCCCUUGUUAUAACCUCCAGCCACAGGCCUCCCAGAGUGUGAGGGCCAGGCCUCGAGAUAUACUGCUGCCUAUUGAUGAGCCCAGUUGCUCCUCCAGUUCUGGAGGUUUCAGCAACAGUCCUGUGCCCCAGGCCAAGCCUGUUGGCAUCACCCAUGGCAUCCGUCAGCAGCCUAGGGUCCGGCCUGAGUCCCUACAGUCUCAGCACUAUGGGACUUCCAGCCUUGACCUAUCAAAGGAGAGGGCUGGGCAAGAUGCCUCUCUCCCAACCAGCUAUUCCUCCACUGCCAUGAAUGGAAACCUAGCUGAGUAGUCAUCUUCAAUUCUGGAGUGGGGGCAUGGGGCCUAAGCAUGUGAAUGGGGAUCAGGGGUUGGGCAGAAGGGUUGGGGGGUGGGUGCUGCUGUUUAACUUGAAAAUCCUUUUGGCCAAGGAAGGCUCCUAUGAGUUUUCACCUUUGUUUUCCCACUUUCUUCUUCUGCCAUCUGUGGCCACAUUCAGCUCAAGUACAUCUGCCCUGGGAGGCAGCUGCUGUGUUGCUGCUGCUGCUGCUGCGCUCUGGUUUUUGCUUUUGGGGUUUCUUCUUGUGACCCAUGCAGGUUUUGGGAUGCUGUAAUUUUGUGCCUAUUCCAGUUGCAGAGUUAGUGAUUACACACACACACACACACACACGCACGCACAUAUAUAUCAUGCAUCCUUGACACAGACUGAACUCUUAGCGCCCCCUGCCACCUUCCCCCCAACCCAGUGAAUGAUGAACCACUGAUAAACAGCCAGGUCUGCACUGCCUCCCAUGUGGGGACAGGGGCCUUGUUUGCUGUUAGCAAUGUGAAAUUAUGGUACAGAUCCUCCCCACCUCUACUCCCUUUGGUCUUGGCAUAGCUGCCAUUACAUGAAAUGACUAUAAUAUAUUCAUCCUAGCUAGCUGUCCUGAGAGGAUUAAGUAGCAUAUGUCUCACUGCCUAUUGCUGUGAACUCUGGCAUGAUAACCGGAUGGGGGCUUUUUAAUCUGGCCUGCCAUAGCUUCGGUUGAAGACAAAAAUGCUAAUCCCCUUAAUGGAGUGAUCAAAUUUAUCCAACUGCAGACAGUAGACAAAAUAGGGUUCUAUCACAGACACUGCCAUAAGUCUUGAGCUCUGGAAUGAUAGGAUUUUUUCCUUCUUCCUCUUUUAAGCUUGUGACUUCCUGAGUUACAGAUACCUUUGAAUUUUGAUUCUUUUCUCCUCCAAAUGAGAAUUUCAUAAUCUCAUCGCAAAGAAUACAUUCUUUUAAUUGAGGUACAAGAAGAGAAGUAGCCUAAAUUAAGCUUCGCUGUAGGGGUUGGGAUUUUUUCAGAUUGCAUGGAAAGGAUAGAAAAAGGUCUAUUUGUCCCAGCCAGCAGGACAGAGGAUUUCAAACUUUGCAGAGCUUGAGGCAGCCCAGCUUCUUAGAAUGGAAAAUUGCCUCCCCCCAAAAAAUAAAAUAAAAAAAAAAAUUCCUUA